AUGUUGCAAGGAGGCCAGCUGCGCAGCUAUCAGCUGGAGGGGCUGCGUUGGAUGGUUUCACUACAUGACCAUGGGCUCAAUGGCAUCCUAGCAGAUGAGAUGGGCCUGGGCAAAACGAUCCAGAUCAUUGCUCUGAUAGCCCACCUGGUGGAGACAAGGGGCAUUGCUGGACCGUACCUGGUGGUUGCGCCCUCCUCUGUGCUCCCCAACUGGGACUCUGAGUUCCAGCGCUGGGCGCCCGCCCUCAAAGUGGUGGCGUUCAGGGGCAAUCCACAGGAACGGCUGCGCAUUGCCACCACUGAGAUGCGGGGCAAGUUCAAUGUGGUGCUGACAACGUACGAGGCGCUGAUGGGUGCGGACAUGCCCUUCCUCAGUAAGAUCCGCUGGCACCAUUUCAUUAUCGAUGAAGGCCACAGACUGAAGAACAGCGAAUGCAAGCUCAACGUCUCUCUGAAAGUGUACAGCACUCAGCACCGUCUGCUCCUGACAGGAACACCAGUGCAGAACAACCUGGAUGAACUGUGGUCGCUGCUGCAUUUCUUGAUGCCCACGCUCUUCACCUCCUCGAAGGACUUCCAGCAGUGGUUUGGCCAAGGCCAGCCCCAAGGCAGCUUGCUCACCGAGGAAGAAAUGCUCCUCAUCACAAACAGGCUGCACCAGGCGCUGCGGCCCUUCAUGCUGCGCAGGCUGAAGGAAACUGUUGCCACAGAGCUGCCUGGCAAGGUCAGACCUCUUCUUCAAUAUAGGGACCCACUGCACCACUCUUUUCGUGUCACUCUUUGUCUGCAGUGCGUCCUGCAUGUUAGGGUAGCAUUCCAUCAGAAGUCCCGGCUGGCGGGGGGCGGUCUGAGCACCGGGGUCAGCAACAGCGUGAUGGAGCUGCGCAACAUCUGCAACCACCCCUUCCUGUCGCGGCUGCACCCCGAGGGCUCUGAGUCCCUGCUGCCACCCCACCCUCUGCCCGCGUCCCUGCGCCUAUGUGGCAAGCUGGCUGUGCUGGACAGCCUGCUCACCAAACUGACUGCGGCAGGCCACAAGGCAAGAACUGUGUUGGUGUUCAGCACGAUGACUCGCCUGCUGGACAUUGUGGAGGACCAUUUGAAUUGGCGUGGCAUCGAGCACCUGCGCCUGGACGGCAGCACUGCCUCUGCCGAGAGGGGCGAGCUGGUGAGGGAUUUCAACGACCCUGCUGGCAAGUGCAGCGUGUUCCUGCUCAGCGUACGCGCCGGUGGAGUGGGCCUCAACCUGCAAGCUGCUGACACCAUCAUCAUGUAUGACACAGACUGGAACCCUCAGAUUGACCUGCAGGCACAGGCCAGAGCGCACAGGAUUGGCCAGACAAGAGAGGUUCUGGUGCUGCGGCUGCAGACAGCAGACAGCAUUGAGAAGCACAUCUAUGAUGUGGCCACCCAGAAGCGCAACAUUGCUGACCGCUCCAUCACCGGUGGAUUCUUUGAUGGCAAAACAGACGCGCAAGAGCGCAGGGCAUAUCUGCUUGAGCUUCUGGGCAAGAAGUCUUCACACAGUCGCAGGUACUUCAGUUAA